AUGACCAGCACACUUCCCUUACCCACUCUAUUCUCUAGGGCACUCGCAACAGCCUCAAAGGCCUUGAAUCUGUCCACUGUGGACGAUGAAACACAGGAACUAAUCCAAUCAGCCGUAACUGAUCUCAAGGAGCUGAACCGGCGCGUUGCAGCUCUUUCGUUAUUCAGUUCCAAUGAGGUCCUUGAGGAUAUAUCAACUAGGAAUAUGGUGUACUUGUUUGCACGAUAUGUUCUUGCUGAAGUCCAGAAUCGCGUGAAGACAACGGAUAGGGACGAGCGCAUGACCGUUCUUCAGCAGACGCAGGUCCAUCUGAGAUCAUUCAUCCAUGAUCUGGACACUUAUUGCAUAGUACCUGAAGUAGAGCGUGCGUUGUAUGCACAAAGCGCAUCCUCCAUAAAGGAUGCGGCCAAACGGCGAGAGGUCAAGAUCAAGCAGUUCAAGGCUGAGAAGGACUUGCGUGCGCGAAUCGAAGCUGUAAGAAAACGACGGAAACAGGCACCUAUGGGAGACCUGCCCCAAACUGACUUUGAUCUCAUCCGGUCAUUACUCCCGUCAACUGUGGCUCCUCAAGUGAGCGACGAAGACGAGGAUGAUUCAGAGACAGACGAGAUCCUACGAGAAGCAGUAUUGCUGCUGCUACGACUAAACUAUGCCCAAGCAUACUCUCAACUCGAGAGCAUGAACCAGGAGCUCGAACUCCUGCGUAGUGCCCCACCUCCUCCCAGCCUGGAACCGCCCGUAGACGACAGGAAAGAUAAACUCAAGGAGCAAGAUGACAUGUGGAAGCUAGACACAAGAUCUCGGAUUGGUGAGAGCGGACCGUUACUUGACUCCAGCGGAAAGCCCCUAAGGCCAUUUACUAUCCUCCCCGCGGGCGCAUCAGAUCGCGCACGUCUACAAGCCCAGGUCUUCGGACCUGGUCACCGUCUGCCAACGAUGAGUAUAGACGAGUACCUCAAAAUUGAACAAGAACGCGGCAACAUUCUCACAGGGGGAGGCCCACAAUCCGAGGAACAGCCAACCUCGUCAGAACAACUGGCGAUUGACUCCGAAAUGGAUGGUGCAGUCUUCGGUGAGAUGAAAUUGGAGGAGAAACGACAGAAGGACGAACAGUGGGCACAGUUCAAGGACGCUAAUCCGCGUGGAGCGGGGAACACAAUGAAUCGCGGCUGA